AUGUCUGACGACAACGCAGAUAAUGUAAAUGCUGACGAAGAGAUUAGUGAUGAACAAUUCGAUGCUAUGCUUCAGAAUGCUGGUAUAAAUGAUGUUAAUGGAUUCAUGGACCAUUUUGAUGAAGAAGCGGAAAAAGAUGAUGGAGAACCGGAUGAUGACGAGGAUGAUGCUGACGGUGAUGGUGAUGAUGAUGGUGACGGUGACGGUGAUGGUGACGGUGACGGUGAUGGUGACGGUGACGGUGAUGGUGACGGUGACGGUGAUGGUGACGGUGACGGUGAUGGUGACGGUGAAGGUGACGGUGAAGGUGACGGUGACGGUAACGAUAAUGCUGAGGCUGAACAACAGGAAGAUACUGAAGGUGAUGAAAAUCAAGACACUGCUGCUCCUGAAGAAACACCACCAGCUAACCCUGAUGAUGAAAUGGAAGGAGCUGCCGGUGGAAAGCCUGCACGUAAAAAGGGUACAGGCGGAAAGGGUGCAGGUGGAAAGGGUGCAGGUGGAAAGGGUGCAGGUGGAAAGGGUGCAGGUGGAAAGGGUGCAGGUGGAAAGGGUGCCGGUGGAAAGGGUGCCGGUGGAAAGGGUACCGGUGGAAAGGGUGCCGGUGGAAAGGGUGCCGGUGGAAAGGGUGCCGGUGGAAAGGGUGGAAAUAAAAUGAGUAAAGUUGACAAGAAUGCUGCGAAAAAAAUGGAAAACGGUACGGGAGAGCCAAAUAAUAAGGGUGCUCUUGAUCCACAGUAUCAGGACAUACAACAAUUGUAUGCGUUGUAUCAACAAUAUAUGGCUGCUGCUGCAUAUAUGCAAAUUGCUAGUAUAGCUGCGUACCUGCAGCAAAUAGGGAUUAACCCAAGAGGAAUAAUGUUGGCACAAAAAGCUGUCCCAAGAGUCAAUCAAUUUAAUAAUGGUACCACUAACUUUGAACAUUUAAUGGGUCUUCUUAAUUUAGUAGCUCAAAUUUAUUAA